ACGCCCACAGGACGCGUGCGGAAGCUAUGAUCCGUCUACCUGGCACACCUCCAUGCAGCUAUUUUCGCUGCAGAAGCAUCACUACGUUUGGUCAAAAAGUUCAAGUACAGCGGCUUUCAUGCGUUGUUAUUGCGAUUGGGACGCUAAAUGUCGUACUCAAGAGAUAUGAUGCGCCUCUUUUACGACACCUCAUGGAUAGUAUUGCGACGCAAGAAUAUGUUAAUUUGACAAGCUCUGCAACUUCAGCGACGAAUGGUGGCACCAGGUAUACCGCGGCCGUAGCUGGUAUCAGCAGGACAGCGAAGGCAACCACGACUUAUUCCUACUUAAUAUCAAAAGACACAGUCGCUUGCAGCCCCUCGAGUGGCCGCAACGAUACGCUGGCUCUCGUAGCAGUGUUCACAGCGAGUGACCACUUCGAGCAUCGUUCUACCGUGCGAAGCACCUGGGGUGGCGCCCUGACCAAAAUGUCCGGCCUCAAAGUGCUCUUUAUGCUUGGCAGACCUGGAAGCGACCCCGUUCAGGAGCGCAUCGUUCAGGAGGACGGCACGCAUGAGGACAUUGUGCAGGGCAACUUCGUCGACACCUACAAGAACCUUACUCUCAAGUCUCUUAUGAUGCUGACCUGGGUCACGCGCUUCUGUCCGAAUGCCAGGUUCGUGCUUAAGAUUGACGACGACGUGUUGCUCAAUGUCUGGGAUUUCGUCGCCACCCUCAACCAUCUGUCAGCCGUCGAACAGCAGCCAACCAUAUGGGGAAGAGUGUGGACACAGUCGCGGCCGUCGCGUAAAACGGUGGGGCGAUACGGCAAGUGGUACGUCCCAAAGUCGAUGUAUCCGAGGGCAACGUAUCCUGAUUAUGUCAAUGGGCCAGCUUACCUUAUCUCAGGUGACUCUAUAUCGCUUUUGCUUCGAAGCGCUAGACUCGUCCCAUACUUGUAUAUUGAAGACGUCUACAUAACGGGGCUGCUGGCCGACAAGGCUGGUGUUCGUCGUGUGAAUGACAACGGGUACGCACCCGAGCGCAAGCAUCAUAUUCGCCCCUGCCAAAGGCCAAGGAUUGUGGCGAGCCAUGGUUGGAAUCCGCGGAACCUGCGCCUUGCGUGGAGAAAUAUGGUUCGCCGGAUCAACAGACAACGGUGCCGGUGAUUGGGGCUAAAGCUUUGACAGGAAGGUUCUGAUGUGUGUUAAUGUGUUUGGCGGAGUGCAUAGCGUUCAGGCAGAAGGGCUGCAAACACAUCGGGGGCGACGGACUUGUGACGGAUUUAAAAUAUGUCAAAUGGGGUUUUAAGCAAGGCCAAGUGAAGUUUGCAAAUUACGAACUAAAGCCACAAUAGCCAAUAAAACUGAAGCUUAGCGCGUUGAAGAACUGGAAGAUUCGGCAACGUUGUAUGUUACCAGUGUACCGAGUUGGAAGUCAGCGAACUUCGACUCUUUGCCCACCCGUUGUUUCUCAAGCCUGUGUGUGCUGUGAUCAUUGAAUGAAAAUUCUCUGGUAGCGUAGACACACAGGGUUCCUACAAAGCGCAUGCGCCAACAAAGAGAAAAUCCCGCAGUCCUUCAGUACUGCAUACUUUCUCCUACGCUCAGUAUGUAGAUCAAGAAUUUAAAUAUUGAUAGUGUUUUUUCUUCCUACCCCGGGAGGCUAGCCAUUACAAUUAUUUGCAACGUUUCUGGACUUCGGCCAACACCUGCUGCAGAACCUUACAAGACGCAGCUCUACCGGACGUAAUCAGGAGCUUAAAUGUUGCAGUUUCUGAAUCUCUGGUUAAUGUAUCGCCCUAUUUGACCACUGUAAACCAUGAUGAACAUCAAAUGUUGCAGUCGGAAUAUUUGAGGCUAGUAUUGUUCCCGAGCGCGGCAUUGUAAUUGUUCGACACACGCGAACGCAAUCUGCACAGCUUGUGCAGAGCAUAAAACAGAUAAUUUUUUCUGUCGUAUAGCCACCUAAAUUUCUUAUGUAAUGCUAUACCUAUUCUUCACGGUGAAAGAAAGCGUUCCCGUCUUUCCAGUGAAAACAUUCCUAUGUAAUGGAGGCAGGGAUCAAUAGCUUUAUGAUAAAUGUAAAGCCCCUGUCUGGUGAUGGAUUUCCGUGGGCGUUGUUGG